GCGCAUUCGCUGAAAAAAAAAAUGUAUCGAAGUGAAAAUCGUAAUAGAAACCCACAAGUUAUACUGUUUAUGAAUUAGUUCAAGGUAGUGUAGAAUAAUAUAUAGAGGGAGACACUAUAUUGUUCUUUUCAUAUUUUACUUAUUUUCAUUGCGAGUGUUGCAUUUUAGUUAAUUCAGCAUUAAUAAUUCGCAUUUCAUAGCAUUUAAUCUAUUUAAUAUAUAAUUAAUUAAUUAAAAAAAACUAAAUAAAAGAUGAAUGUUAGUACAAGUACCUUAGGGGUAAGAAGAAGAAAAGCUAAUAAUCAAAAUAUAGAUGAUGAAGAAAAUGCAGCUUUAUUAAAACUUGGACCUGAAUUUCAAUUAACUCAAAUAACUAAUGCCGGAGAAGAAGAACAAUUAAUUGCAUUAAAUUUAUCAGAAUCAAGAUUACUUAUAAGAGCAGCUUUAAAGGAAAGAAAAAGAAGUAAAGGUGAUAGAAAAUAUGAUAAUGAUGAUGAUGAUGAAAAUGAAAAGGAAGAUGAAAUAUCGAAUAUGGAAUUAGCCGGACCUAAUUCUAGUGAAAUUAUGAGGAAAACAUUAAAUUAUUUAACUAAUUUUGCUCGAUUUAAAAAUCAAUCUUCGGCUGAUACUGUUGAAAAAUUAUUAACUGAUUUUAGUCUUCAAGCAUCUGAACCUUUGCAUCCAUUUGAAAUUGCUCAAUUAGGUACUUUAGAAUGUGAAGAUGCAGAAGAAGCAAAAUCUUUAAUUCCUCUGCUUGUUAAUAAAGUAUCUGAUGUACAAUUACAAUCAUUACUCACAGAAUUAAGAAAGUAUCAAACCUUAUCAUGAACAACAAAGUAAAGUUUGUCGUAAAAAAAAAAUGUAAUAUAGUAUUAGAAUCCAAUUUCUUUAUAUAAAUCCUAAUAUAUUUUGUACUAUAGUGUUACUAAUAUUGU